AAAAUUGUAUAAAGUAAUUUAAAAAAAAGUGUUAUUUGUUUGUUAUCCGGGUGCGCGCGCGUGAUUUAGAAAUGGCCAGCAGCACGGCAAGAUCCUCGCCAUCCGGCGGCGGCAACAACAAUGACAACAGCAGCAAAUUCCAGAAGGCAAAACGAAAGGAACCGCAUCCGGUGCGGAGGGAGUUCGUUGAAGUUGGUCCCAAUCGGCACCGGUGCGUGCACUGCGAGUGGAGUACGGUCAUGAACGCGACCCGGAUGAUCAAGCACAUCAUCGAGGUGUGCUCUUGCCCGGAUGAGUUGAAGCAGGAAAUGGUGGCCCUUCAGCAGGCUGCAGCUGAAAAGGAGCAAAAUUCUUCAAUGUUGUCGGAGAACAAAAAGGACAUUCAUGGGCUGUUUCACAUUGUUGAAAACAAUAAGCGUUCUUGCAUGUUUUGUGAGUGGUCCACGGUUCGGAACUUGACCCGGAUGCGAACCCACAUCGUGAUGCACUGUGCGAAUGUGCCGGAAAAGGUUCGAUCCUGUUUCCUGAAGCAGGAGUACAAAGAUUACCAGAACGGCCAAGAAGAGGAAACUUAUCAGGUUUUCGAAGUGGACGAACAGGAACGGGACUGGGAGGAAUCAACGACCGUGGAGUUGGUCAACGAUGACGGCGAUGAGGAGGAAGACGAGCAGGCGGAUGACAGCGAAAUCAAUUACGUCGAGGUUCAGGAACUCGAGGAACGCCAAUGCAGCUGGUGUGGUUCCGUCAUUUCGUACGACAGUUGUGAGGUCGAGGACGGAAGCGAAGUCUACUGCUCGACCGAGUGCUUCAAAGCCCAAACGGAGUGCAUGCCUGACGACGAGGUCGUCACCGUCAAACGUAUCACGAAGCGCGCCGCCCCAAAAACACCAAGUCCCGCCCCGGAAUCUCCGCCAAAAGCGAAAAAAAUCAAAGUACUCAUGGUGACAUCCGCCGAUCCAGCCCCCAAAACGACCACCGUUUCACUCAAAAAAGAACCGGAAGUGACCCCGGUGCGACUCCGCCGAAGCAACCCAACCAAACCGACUCCCCCGCAGAAACAUCAACAGGAAGAAGAAGAAUUCAACUACACCGUCGAGGAGGAGGUCACGCCGGAGGUCAAACCACCGAAAGUGACGGCCCCCAAACCAGCCCAAAAGAAGGUGGUGGCCGCGGCGGAACUGCCGAUGCCAAAGCAACAGCAGCAGCCGAAAGCAAAGUUGCAGCCCACAAUAACGACGAUGAUGGCGAAGAAAAGUGUUCCGGCGCAGACGGCGACUACUACAGCUAGUAAGUCGACCGAGACGACGGCAACGGCGACAAAAAAGACGACGACGACGACGACGCCGGUUCCGGUGAAGAUUUCAAAGAGUUCGGCUUCGACGCAGCUCGACGAGGGAUCGUGCCAUUCGUUUGCCGGUGGCCAUGUCUACCCGCAGGAGGACGUCCGCUCGGCGGAUCACAAGCUGCAGUGGACGAAGGCGGUCAUUUCGCGGCCUGCGCCACAGUUUGAGGCGACGGCCGUCGUAGAGGGGGCGUUUAAGAAGAUCAAGCUGUCGGACUAUCGUGGAAAGUAUCUGGUGUUCUUCUUUUACCCGCUGGACUUUACGUUUGUGUGCCCCACGGAGAUUCUGGCCUUUUCGGACCGAGUUAGCGAGUUUAAGAAGCUGAACGCGGAGGUCAUAGCGGCCAGCAUCGAUUCGCACUUUACGCAUCUGGCCUGGAUCAACACGCCGCGGAAGGAGGGCGGUCUCGGCAAGAUCAACAUUCCACUGGUCAGCGACAUCACGCACAGCAUCGCCAAGGAUUACGGCGUGUAUCUGGACGAUUUGGGCCACACCCUGCGGGGACUGUUCAUCAUCGACGAUCGUGGCAUUCUGCGGCAGAUUACGAUGAACGAUUUGCCCGUGGGCCGAUCGGUGGACGAAACGCUGCGGCUGGUGCAGGCCUUCCAGUACACGGACAAGCACGGCGAGGUGUGCCCCGCCGGGUGGAAGCCCGGACAGGAUACGAUUGUGCCAAACCCGGAGGAGAAAAUCAAGUACUUUGAGAAGAACCAUUAAUUUCACUGUAGAACUGAGAGGAUUGCUCGCGCGAUCGUGUCCACGUGCUAUUCCAUUGUUUUGUGAUGGGGUAAUAAAAUUCAACUUCUGAGGUGAAACCUUUAAAA